AACACUCCAGCGUUUGAUAAAAUGGUCGGAGUUGACAUCCACAAUCCUCAAUACGCCAAACACCAAACAACCACAGCUGUCCCCUUUCGACAGCAUUAAAGAUUUUAGCUCAAUGGAUUAGGUCAGAUAACCGAUCAAAAAAGCAACCAAAUUUCAUAGUUUUCUUUUACCAUCCGAUCAAAGAGAACCAGCUACCGCCCAGGGGCGGAAAUCGGCGGCGCCGCUUCUCCUCCGCCCCCUGUUUCUUCUCCCCCAUCUAAAAGUACUUUACACUUCUCCAUGGAUCCCAAUCCCAGUCCGUGCGGCUCCGGCGAGGCCCUCGUAAGUAUUGAUGUGCAUUCAACCAAAACCCUAAUGAGCUCCGGCCACCGCUAUCUCGAUGUUAGGACUGCGGAGGAAUUCCAGAAGGGUCAUCCGGAGAAAGCCCUAAAUGUUCCUUAUAUGUUCUUCGCCCCUCAAGGGAGGGUGAGCAAUCCAAAUUUUGUGGAGGAAGUGACUGAUCUUUGCCGCAAAGAUGAUUUCAUAAUAGUGGGAUGCCAAAGCGGUGUGCGUUCUCUCAAAGCUGCUGAAGAGCUUCUCAAAGCUGGUUUCAAGAACGUGAAGAAUAUGGGAGGUGGCUAUAUUGCUUGGUUAGAGAAUGGGCUCGAAGUGAAGAAGAAAGUAGAUGAUCUACGGUGAUGAUUUAAUGGUUUAAAAUUAUAUCAUUAAAAAAAACAAUUAAAAUUUUAUGGAGAAUAAAUUUAAAAAUUAUUAAAUUUAUUUUGAUAUGAGUGUAAUAAAUUUUUAAUUUAUAAAUUA